AUGAAUGAAAGUAACCAUUCUUGUCGAUUCAGUCACUGCGAUGUUGUGGUCUCUGGUCUAGUGACGGGUUCAGACGUGGCCAGCGAUUACGAGAAACGAAUUUCUCAAAUCAUCCUGGACUUUGUGGUCAACUUCUCUGUUUGUUUUUUCGGCAUCUUCAGCAACUCUAUUGUUAUCAUCGUGUUCGCGAAACAAGGGUUCAAGGACAGCACCGCCAUUUCCAUGACGACAGUCUCGCUUUGGGACUUGGUCAAGUGCGUGGCUGGAUUUAUUCAGAGGUUGGAAGGGCCUUUAGAGUUAGUGUCCUUGGCCUUGGCUUACAGUUACACAAAUAUCUCUCUUGUCGUCUGCAACUACCUGGUGUCCUUCUCAUGUUACGUGACAAGCGUCCUGGCAGCGUACGUGGCGGUGGAGAGGUGCCUCUGCGUCAUCAUCCCACUCAAGGUCAAGUGGCUGCUGACACCAAAAGUUGCGCUAGGCAUCUGCGUCACAAUUUCCAUCGUUGUAUUUGGCUGCUUCGUCAUCAUCUUCGGCAUCUAUGACGUCUUCUGGGUGUUUGACCCUCAGUUCAACGAGACGGUGGCCAACUUCAAGUACAACAGCUUCUCCAACAACAACAAAGCUCUGUUCGGCUACUACAACAUGUCCGGCACUCUCUGGCCAAUGGUCAGUCUCGUUGUCAUCGUCAUCUCUACCAUCAUCAUCUCCUACAAGCUGAAAAAGGCAGCCGAGUUCCGGUACAGAACCAAGACAUUAAGAAAAGACUCUAUGGAAAUGGAAUCUUCUCGAAAUACCCAAAAGGUCAAGGACAAAAGUAACUCGAAAGGAGUGGACAAGUCCGACAAGACUCAGGCAAUCUCGAAACGAGACCAACAAGUUAUCAAAAUGCUACUAGUUGUAAUCGUCAUCUAUAUGGUGAACCUCUUUCCAAGAGUUGGACACUAUCUCACCAAGUUCAUCGUCUUCGAUUACUACUACCUUCGUCGAUACAAUAACCUAUUUUCCAUAAUGGCGUACGCCAUUUUCGUAUUCGAUUACGUGAACGGAUCGAUUUUAAAACAUCAUUUCAAAGAUGUCUUGGUAUUUAAACAAAACUUAGUGCCCAGAGCUAAGAGUGAGAGCGUAAGGCUAUCCAGUAUAAUACUCAUUUUCCUUUCUAACAUUUUGUCUGCACUGCAAGAAACGCAGUCAAGAAAAGAUGGUGCUUCCAAGUAG